AAGCAUGGAAUAUGAACUUCAGCUAGCGCGUGCUUCGUUCUUGAUUCGCUAUUGGUGGAGGACGCGCAUGACGUCAACUUUUUUUUCGCGGCCAGUGUUUCUCUACUGUGUGGCUCGUUGUAUGGUCUCUCCAGCAUCAGCUGUCGCAUCGCUUUAAAUUAAAGACGCGUCGCGUCGCGUCUCUCAGGGAGGCGGUGAGAUGAGCGCACUUUGAACUGAGACUCGCAUGACAUUCGGCUCUUUGAGGCUCAGUGUCAUGGUAAACAGUCUGAGGACCCUGUGCUUGAGAAAAGCAUGAAUUCAUUGGAAACGAGAGUCUACUGUUGAAGAAACGACUGCAGUGCAUUCUGGAGGCAUGUGCAGUCCUCUGAGCGGUAAGCAGCAGCCGGCUGGCCCGGGCCUCACAGAUCUGCAGCUGUACGGUCAGUGGCUGGCCAGUAGACAUGAGGCCAGUCUGCUGCCCAUGAAGGAGGACCUGGCGCUCUGGCUCUCCACUAUGCUGGGUGUGGAAAUCACAGCCGAGAGCUUCAUGGACAGGUUAGAUAACGGUUUCCUGUUGUGUCAGCUGGCUGAGACUCUGCAAGACAAGUUCAGGCAAAAUGAAUCCGACGUGAGUUCACCAGAAAAGUCGAUCCCCAAUCGCAGGAUUCCUUGCCGAGCCAACGCCGCGUCUGGUUCCUUUUUCGCCAGGGAUAACACAGCCAACUUCCUGUCAUGGUGUCGAGAGGUGGGCGUAGGUGACACCUGUCUGUUCGAGUCAGAUGGACUUGUGUUACACAAACAGCCAAGAGAAGUGUGUCUGUGCCUGCUGGAGCUGGGAAGAAUAGCAUCCAGGUAUAAGGUAGAGCCACCUGGACUUAUAAAGCUGGAGAAAGAGAUUGAACAGGAAGAGAAGAGACCUGAACCUCCACUGUCUCCUGUACCUCCCGCUUCCAAUUCUCAGUCUCCAUCCGUUUCUCCGUCCACCUCGUUAUCUGUCUCUCCAUUCAACAAGACCAACUCCAGCAAGAAAAGUACCGGCAAGCUACUGGAUGAUGCUGUGAAGCACAUUUCUGAAGAUCCACCUUGUAAGUGCCCAAAUAAGUUCUGCAUAGAGCGACAAUCGCAGGGCCGUUACCGUGUUGGAGAGAAAAUGCUUUUUAUCAGAAUGCUGCAUAAUAAACAUGUGAUGGUGCGUGUUGGUGGAGGCUGGGAGACGUUUGAGAGCUACCUGCUAAAGCACGACCCAUGCCGCAUGCUCCAGAUCUCGCGUGUCGAAGGCAAGAUCUCGCCCAUCUCUGGAAAAUCCCCAAACAUCAAAGACCUCGCGCCUGACAGCUACCUGGUAGUGGCGGCCCACUACAAAAGCAAGAAGUAAAGAAGAAAUGUACUAAUGAAACAAACACUUUUAAUGUAACUGAAACACAGCUCACUGGCUAGUUGUAGGACAUGCCAACUUCCAUUGGCUUGUAAAACUAACUAGUGCUUAAAGGAGAAAACUAAUUUUAACACACAACAAUGACAGUGUAGAUCAGCUAGUUGGACAAUGUAUAACUAAGAUACUGAGCGAACUGGAAUGUUUGUCAAAUGAAAUCGCUGGAUGAAUUCAAAUAUUCACUUCUGCACUGGCUAUUCCUUUCAGUGCUUCAUUUGCUAACAAUAUUAAUAAUGUGUAUGGGGGUACUAUUAUUAUCUUUUGAUGUCAUGAUAUAUAUUUUCUGGCAUUUAUUGUGUUUAAAUGUUAUGGCCUUGCUGUUUUGGAGAAUGGAAUCUAAUCGGCCAAUCAUGUGGCUGAAUAGACCCAUAAAGCAUGAAGGCAUGA